AUGUCGGAGUUGUUGGCAGAUGAAGUUUUCAAGGACCGCGUGAGGAUUUUUCAAGAAUAUCUUGAGCACGAUUCUGACGAUACGAAUGCAACGCUGUAUCAUGAAGCAAUUCUCAGAAUGCUUAACAUGGCACAAAGACGCUUGAUUGUGAACGUUGAUGAACUUCGAGAUUACAACAAAGAGUUAGCUGAUGGCGUCCUUUAUCAGCCCAUGGAAUUUGUCGAUCCUUUCAAUGAAGCUCUUCAGGGAGUAGUUAGUACACUUAUCGAUCCUAUCGUUCACAAAGAUGUUAAGGAUAAACCAUUUUAUAUCGGAUUUCGUGGUUCUUUUGGUGAUUUACAUGUUACGCCUCGUACUUUAAGGGCUUUGCACUUGAACAAAAUGAUUUCACUAGAAGGGAUUGUGACAAGAUGCUCGUUCGUUCGUCCCAAAGUUAUUAAAUCUAUACAUUAUUGUGAAGCUACUAAGCGUCAUCAUUUUAAACAAUAUGCGGAUUCUACAAUGAACGGUGGUCUUUCGUUUCAAUCCACUGUCUAUCCAACGCAGGAUGAAAGUGGUAAUCCCCUUUCUAUUGAAUUUGGGUAUAGCACUUUUCGAGAUCAUCAGACAAUCUCACUUCAAGAAAUGCCCGAACGUGCACCGCCCGGUCAAUUACCUCGAUCCAUUGAUAUUUUACUCGACGAUGACUUGGUUGAUACAGUAAAGCCAGGUGAUCGAGUACACAUCGUUGGGCAAUUUCGGUCAAUGGGAUCAAAAAACUCUGGAAGCACAAGUGCUACGUUUCGUACUGUUUUGCUCGCGAAUAAUGUUGUCCUCCUAACGAACAAACCAGGUAGUGGAAAUGUUGGUGGAGGAGCAUUGACGAUUACAGACGCUGAUAUUCGUAAUAUUAAUAAGUUGGCUCGAAAAAAGAACGCUUUUGAGCUUCUUUCUACAAGUUUGGCUCCUAGCAUUUACGGAUUUGAACACAUUAAGCAAGCAAUUUUGCUUUUACUCUUGGGUGGUACAGAGAAAAAUCUUUCCAAUGGCACACAUAUCCGUGGUGAUAUCAACAUUUUGAUGGUGGGCGAUCCCUCAACAGCCAAAUCUCAGUUACUUCGAUUCGUGUUAAACACAGCUCCUUUGGCUAUCGCAACUACCGGCCGUGGUUCUUCAGGUGUUGGUCUUACAGCUGCCGUAACCUCUGAUAAAGAAACUGGUGAGCGUCGUUUAGAAGCUGGUGCAAUGGUUUUAGCUGAUCGGGGUGUUGUAUGUAUCGAUGAAUUUGACAAAAUGAGUGACAUUGAUCGGGUCGCUAUUCAUGAAGUAAUGGAACAACAGACAGUUACCAUUGCUAAAGCUGGUAUUCAUACGUCUUUGAACGCGAGAUGCAGUGUUGUGGCAGCAGCAAAUCCCAUUUAUGGCCAAUAUGAUAUUCGAAAAGAUCCUACAAAGAAUAUAGCUCUACCGGAUUCUAUGCUUUCCCGUUUCGAUUUGCUAUUUAUUGUUACAGAUGAUAUAGAUGACAAGAAGGAUCGUGCUUUAAGUGAACAUGUUUUGAGGAUGCAUCGUUAUUUACCGCCGGGCGUGGAGCCUGGUACUCCUGUGAGAGACUCACUGAAUUCGGUAUUAAAUGUUGGCGCGACAAAUACUGCAGGUGUCUCAGCCGGAAAUGGAGAUCAAGAAUCAGAAACACCAGUUUGGGAAACAUUUUCAAGUCUGCUACACGCAAACGCUCGAACAAAACGAAAGGAAUUACUAAAUAUCAAUUUUGUUCGUAAAUAUAUCCAGUACGCAAAAUCUCGAAUAAACCCAGUCCUUAAUCAAGGUACCGCUGAGUAUAUAACGAAUAUAUAUUGUGGUCUUCGAAACGAUGAUUUACAAGGUAAUCAGCGUCGUACUAGUCCCCUCACGGCUCGUACAUUAGAAACAUUGAUUCGGUUGAGCACUGCCCACGCGAAAGCUCGAUUGAGCAAUGCAGUUGAGGUACGAGACGCUAAAGCUGCUGAAAAAAUCCUUCGUUAUGCAUUGUUCAGGGAAGUAUAUAAACCAAAAUCCAACCGUCGUAAAAAGCAACGUAAAGAAGAAGGAGAAGAAGAAGGAAGUUCUGAAGAUGAAGACGUUGACUCAGAGGAAGUAGAAGCUGAGAAUGAUUUGAAUGAUGAUCGCACAUUCCAAACUACCGGACCAAAUGCAUCUGAGUCAGGUCGACAGACGCGUUCUCAAACCCAAGGUAGACAAAGUCAAGAAAGCGAGAUGGAUAUCGACGAUGUUGAAUCCACAACGAACCAGUCAGUAGCAGCAACAGCGACUAGUGAUGGCAGUCAAUUACAUUUAGGAAAUCCUUCCAAUACCCAGCUAUCGUGGCCUUCUAGUCAUUCGACCCUUCCAACAACAGCCAGAGACACAACGACAGUAAGUGCGCGUAGCGGGAAUGUGGAUAUAAGCGAAGCUUCGGAAAGUAAUGCUCCCUCUUCUCAAGGUGUAGCUUUAUCGAGAGAGAAGAUGUCAACUUUUAUGUCUCGCUUGUCUGAGUUAACCAAGACAGAUGUAUUUUCGGAAGAAUGUGCAUCUUUGGAAAAUGUUUUAAAUGCGAUUAACGGAGCUGAAGGUGAUGCUUCCUUUACAAGAGAUGAGGGAAUUUCUGCUUUGAAAGAAAUGGAUGCCCAAAACAAGAUCAUGUUUUCUGAAAAUAUGAUUUAUCGCAUUUAA